AUGACUAUGCCACCGACAUCACCACUUGAUGAACAAAAUUGCGGUGGAUAUUUAAGCGGCAAUCUGGACUCGGACUUAUUAUCACAAUUGACUCAGUCAACAACAUCACAACAUCAUCGUAUUUCAUCUUCUGGUCUUUUCGACGAUAUACAACAUUCUGGGUGUUGUUCAAGAUUUUCACAAGAUGUUUUUCAUUCCCCAUCAGAUGAUGGUUUUCUUUCAACACAUUCGGCAUCAGAAGAUCAAGAUCACCCCAGCAGCCAUCAUCAUCCUCACCAUCAUUCUAUGUUAAUUACUGGUGGUAGUGGUCAGACAAAUGUAGAUUGUUCAUCAUUGCCAAACUCGUAUGAGUCGAAUUCUAUGAAUAUAUUUGGCACAGGAAAUAACAAUAAUAAUAAUAAUAAUCAAGAUAUGAAGAAUAUUCACAUGCAUUCAUUUCUAGACUCGAUUACUUCACGAGCAGAUGGUCUACAGUCGACUAGUAGUUAUUUACAACAACAAAGUAUCCUACAGUCUGGUCAUUUAAUGAAAUCUACUCGACAAAAAAGUGGUGGUAGUAGUAGUACUAGUGGUUGGCCAUCGUCAAGUUUUUCUGAUGAAAUUGGUGGACAUCGGCAUAGUUCGCCUAUAUCCUCUCCAAUAUUAAUGAAUAAUAGUAAUAUUAACAAUAAUAAUAAUAAUAACAAUAAUAGCAAUAAUAAUGCUAGUGCUAAUCGAUUUUCUUCAGUUGUUGGCACACCGUUGGGGGGAGGAGGAGGAGGUGGACGUGCCAGUCAUCCAGCUGGUGUAGAUUUCAACACAUCUGGACUAGCUAGUAGUAGUGCUAGCAGUGGGUCUACAUGUGCUGGUACUUUCGGUGCAAUUGGAUCUCGUGUACUUCAUUCAUUGACAUCAGAAACAACAGGUCAAUCGGAUAAUAGUCAGUUAACUAGACCACAACAAUGUUCAGAAUGUUCAACUCAGGGUGGUGGUGCUGGUUCUGGUGUCUGUGGUGGUGGUGGUGGUCAUCAUCAUAUGCCGUCUUCAACUUCAUCUCCAAUACAAAUUGAUUCUGGUGCUGCUGCUGCAACUGGUGGCAGAACAAGCUCUAGGAUUUUCUCUUCUCAUUCAAUAAAUGAGAAUUUCUCCAAUUUACCGCAAUCACCUAUUCUCCUUUCGUCACCGUUUAGUAAUCCAGGUUGUGAUCUAGAGCGGUUAACACUACGCCGAGAAUUAGAUGAAAUUCGACAACGUUUAGAUUCAAAGGAAGGUGAAGUUGAAGUAUUGAAAAAGCAAAGAGAUUUUGUUGCAGAGCAUUUACGUGAUUCCCUUGGUGUAAUACGUCAAUUAUUUCAUUCAUUGAAUAUCUCAUCGACUGCAUCAGCUGACUUAUUCAAACCUCUGUUUAUUGAUACAGAAACCGGUAUGAGUAGUGAUCAAAGUACUGGUGGUGGUGGUGGUGGUGGUGGUUAUUGUCCACAAAGUUUAUCAUCCGAAUCAAAUCCAUGCGAAAAAUUUAAAACAUGCAUGCAGCUGUCACCAAUGAUGAUGAUGACAAGUCCUAGUCCAAGUGGUCCUAUUGAUUCAUUUGGUGGUAUUAGUGGACGUACUCAAUCACAGCAACAGCAACAACAAGAAGCACUAACAGCUCUGUUCAGUAAUCCACUUGUAUCAGCUCUUUUAAACAGUCAAACGGAUAUCAGUGGAAUAGAUGGUGGUUCAAAGAUGAAAUCGGAAACACAGUUUCCUAAUUGGAAUCCAUUGGAGAAUUAUACGCUGGAACAUCAGUCAUCUGGGCAUAGAUCAUCUAAGCAGUUAUCGAAUAAUAACAAUAAUAAUGAUAAUGAUAAUCCGCCUUAUUCACCAACUCGUCUUCAUACUGAUGAUUCUGAUGAUGAUGGUGGUGAUGAUGCUGCUGCUGAUGACGACGACGACGAUUUAUUCUCCGCCUCUGGCUUAUUAUCAUUGUCCAAUCAAGAAUCGUGUGAAUUAGAACGAUCGACAGACACUAAUGAGGACGAGGAUAAUAGCAACAACAACAACAACAACAAUACUGGAUCAAUACACCACGAUAAAGUCACGAAUGCAAACGCUACAAACUCUGAGGUCAUCUCAACCAGUUGUUGUGGCAAUGAGUCUUCUUCUACUUCGACAACUGAACAAGCUGAACAAUCUUGUCAAGCUACUAGUACAACAACAACAACAACAACUACUACUACUACUACUACGACUGGUGCUUCUGCUACCGCUGUUGCCGCUGCAAUCGCUGCCAGUACUUCAUUAUUGCAUAAUUUGUCUACAGAUAAUAAUAAUAAUAAUAAUAAUAAUAAUAAUAAUAAUAAUAAUAAUGGUGACAAGAACCAAUGUCAGCCAUCAUCAUCGUCAUCACCACCGCCGAAAAUGUCUACUGCAAUUAUUGAAGCCGAACAGUCUACAUAAAGUGUGUAUACUACUACUGUCUUCUUUUACCAAAUCGUUUUUGUUAUCGUCAAUCAUGCGAGCGAGAGAGAAAGUAUUACGUGUAUGUACUAUGAUUCGAUUUUUGUUUUGUGCUUAUGUGCGUUUGUGCGCGCUUUAUUCUCUAGGCUUUUUGUGUCUUGGUUGAAUAUAUUGAUUGUCCGUGUGUGUGUGUGUGCAUAUGCGUGGGCGUGGAUACUUUAUUUAUGGAUUGUUGAGAAACACACGAACCAAGGCGAGACGAGAUGAGGCGAGAGAAGACAAAUUGAGAUCAGAUGAAAUCAGAUUAAGAGAACAAUUUUUACUCAAAACACACAUGCACACACCCACAAAAAAGAGGAGAAAAGAUUCAGAUUUAUAAUUACUAUUAUUAUUAUUAUUUUAUGUUUCUUAAUUUCAUAUUAGUGAAAUAUUCUAUUCAUUUUAUCAUUAUUACUAUUAUUGUUAUUAUUAUUAUUACUAUUACUACCAUUCUUAUCAUUAUGUCAUUGUAUUGAUAUAAAUUAUCUAGGUGUUCAUCUGGCAUAUAUACACACACACUUACACAUACAUGAGAAUACACACCACAUUUAAUAAUUAGUCUGUUGAACAAUUUAACUAAUCCCCUUCACAACAACAGCCAACCAUCUUUGUCCCCCUUCCUCUCCUCUUAUACACCACUGUCUGACUAUUUCUUCCUUUCUUUCAUGUAUGUACGACAGGAUUUUGUCGUCACCGUUUACAUUAUCUAUAUAUUAUCAUGAUUAUUAUUAUUAUUAUAGUCCAUUGUUAUGCAGACGGAAAGCUGCUGACACAGAAAAAGGACAGUUUCUGCUUUUGUGUUUUUAUUAUUAUUUCCCAUUUCUUUCACUCCACCACACCACACCACAGUCACUAGCAGCAGCCUGCACUCCAUCUUUAAAUAACCAGCCAGCCAGCCAUCCAUCUCUUUAUGCUUCUUUGUCAGUCAUGUGUCCUUUCUACUACUAGUAUUGUUGCUUGCUUUAGUUUGUUUAUUUGUUCGGUUUCUGGUCGUCUUGUGACUGGCUGCUGUGCUGUCGUCGUGUUGUGGAACAUCCGUGAGUGUGUUUGUGUGUGUAUGAAUGGUUCAUUGGAUUAGUGUGGAUCACUGACUCACUACAUACAGUCUUAGAUAGUUAUUAUUAUUAUUAUUUUUAUUAUGAAUAUUAUGUGAUUGAGCAUUAUUCAUCACAUCUAGUUCACUGUACAUGUGUUGUAUUUUACAAUGGAUAUAACUAAUUCCUCAAUUAUAUAUAGGAGAAGGUUAGGCUUUUGUGGAUAAGAAAACCCUGAUUAGCUGUUGUUUAUUUCUUAUUUUCUUAUCAUGUCCCUCCUUCGUUUUGCUGCUUCCCCUUCUUCUUCUUCUUCAUCUUCUUGCCCCAUACCCCCACCCAUACACACAUCUACUGCUUUAAUGACCUUUUUAAAAGUGUACGCUUUAAUAGUUAUUUCUAUUUCAUCACAAAAAAAAAUUUACGCCAGCUAAUGUGUCUUUAAGUGUCAAUGAAUUUGUGUGUGUGUGUGUGUGUGUUGAUGAGUUGAGGUACCGUUGUUGUUAGCGCCAAAAAGAACCUGUUAUUGUUGUUAAUGUCUUUAGAUGACUCUUUGUUGUAAAGUCGUUCUUUAACCCACUCUCUUUGUUGACUGGCUUUAUAUCUAUUGUGUUUAUUUUGUAAUUCUCCAUACAGGUACACUUUGCGUGCAAGUCAUGCAAGCGUACCUGCCUGCCUACAUACAUACAUACAUAGUUAAGAACUACUUAUUUCUAGGUUAUUAGUAGUAGUAUAUGCACAUAAAUACAUAUAUUUAUGGGGGCUUUUUUAAAAAAUAAUUGUUUAUUCCAUUGCUUUUGAGAUGACUUUUAACACACUCCUCUGUCUCUCUGCCUCCUUUUCUCUCAGCUGGUAGUGGUUUCUGGUGUGUGUGUGUUUAGUCUUCUAUUAGUGUUAUUUUCUAUCCAUUUUAUCGCUUAGUCAAUUAUUAUUAUUAUUAUUAUUACUAUUAUUAAAGAUUAGUUAUUAUGUGUUUUUCUUCACUGGCGUGUGUAAUUUUUUGACGGUUGUCAAAUAUUCUCACAUAUAUUUUAAAAAUGCGCUCAAAUUAGCGUGAUUUUUAUUAUUACACACUAGUUCUCUAGUAGCAGUAAUUAAUGAUUAGUUAUGAUAGUUGUUUCGUAUACACACACACACACAAACAUGCGCGCAUAGUUGUAAUUGUGUUGUGUGAUACACGGACUUGUAUGUGGUGUAUUGCUGUGUCAUUCACUGUCACUCACUCACUCGUUGACUGACUCACAGCUUCUCUUUUCUCCUAUUCUAGUAUUCUACGUCUUAUGUCGUCGUCUACACUGAAUGAAUGAAUGGAUGAAUACCAGUCAGUUAUAUGUGUGUGUACACGUGGAAUGCUUUGCUGUUUAAAAAAAAAAUUAAAUGAACACUCUUCGUUCAUUAUGUCUAAAGUAUCAGAAAUGUAUUACUCAUUACACAAACACACGUACAUACAAAAAAGGGAUUGUUCUCAUAUUCGCCACUGUCAAACCUCACUAACUUAUGCCUAUAUUUGUACACAUGUCGCUGUUUUAGUCAUUUCUGAUUAUUAUUAUUAUUAUUAUUAUUAUUAUUAUUAUUUGAGGAAGAACAGAAACUCUAGGGGAUGUUUGUUACUUGCUGUUGUUAUUGUUGUUAUUGUUAUCAUUAUCAUUAUUGGUUUAUUUCUUUUUUCAAGAAUUUCACAGUAGUCUUUCAUUUUUUUGAUGAUUUAUUGUCAUCAUUGCCGUCACCAGCAUCAUCAUCGCUAUCGUUAUCGUUACCGUCGUCAUAAUUUGUUUUUUGUUUCCCCUUCCCCUCCGGCCAACCCCCAACCUUCGCCGACUAAGAUUCUAUUCUUCUACACACACACACACACUGAUUUUACAGAAUCAGUACUGUUAUUUUUGUGUCAUUAUCGUUCAUCUAGAAGCCAUCUAUCUAUCUAUGCGUGUAUGUAUGUGUGUGUGUGUAUUUCUGUUUCUUAUGCCCAUGUUCUGCCAACUCUCUUCUUCACUUCAUUACCGCUAGGGUCUCACUUAAUUCACCUUAGCUUCUCAUACCGUUUAGCUUUCCUUUCCCAUACCAUACCAUGCUCUCAGGUCAUAUUUACAUGUUAUUUUUCAGCAUAUUACAUCAUCUCAAUUUCAUGAUACUUUCAUCGUCAUUUCUGCCUUUCCCUUUCUCUGUCUCUGUCUCUCUCCCCUCUCUUUGAGUACUAAUUUUGACGGAUAUAUUAUUAUAAGUUUUGUUAGAUGAUGAUAGGCAAGCAACCAAAUAACCCCUGCCAUGUUUAUUGUCUAUUUCUCUCUCUCUCUCUCCGCGCCUCCUCCCCCGCACACGCCAUCUACUGAAUAUAUAUUAGCCGAAUUCUCCCACUCCCCUUCUCACAAGUGAUUUGUUUUUAUGGAAACUAUUAUUUUACUUUAAAUUGUUUGUGUGUGUGUGUGUACGUGUAUGUGGUUUGUGAACACCACCACCGUCACCACCACCACCUAACUAGCAGCAAUAAAAAUGAUUCAAAGAGAACAGAUGAGAUGAUUAUAUAAAUUAUAUAUUGUAUUACAGUUUCAAUCUCUCUCUCUAUUAUUAUUAUCAUUAUCAGUUGUUGUUGUUGUUUACUUACACACUGUGUCUCUUCUCUCUUUUCUGUGUUUGUGACUGUGGACGCUGCUUUGUAUACUAUUUUUCCACUCUAUUUUGUUCAUAAAAUUAUUGUUGUUAUUUAUACACAUGAGUUUAUAUAUAUAUAUAUAUAUAUAUAUAUAUAUAUAUAUAUUUCCCAGUAUUGUUGUUGUUGCUACCAUGUUUAUCUACAGUUCUUUCUUUCUUUCUUUUGGUUCCUUUCUUCUCUGAUGUGUGUUGCAAUAACUUCGCACUGACUCACUCACUCACCCCACCCACCCCUACACACACACACUCACAAAACAUAGAUCAAGUCUAAUCAUCAUCAUCAUCACCACCACCCUAAAGCGAAGUACACAUGUAAUGUAAUGAUGCGCCUAUAUUCAUUUAUUUAUUUUUUCAUUAUUCGAAUAUCUUCCUGUCUUUGUUUGUUUGUUUGUUUGUUUCGUUUCAUUUCUUCUGGAUGACAUAAUUCAUAAAUUUCAGAUUUAUACUAUUAUUACUACUACUAUUACUAUUAUCAUUAUUGUAUUGACGCUUACUGUUGUUUUUUUACAAACCUUUCCAGAUUCAUUGAUUUCCUUGUUUCCUUGCUCUAUCACCACCACCUCGUUGUAGAAGAGAGUUAAUUAAAGAUUUUAUCACUAACUUUUAUUGGGUAUUAUGAUUAUUAUGAUUGUUAUUGUUGUUUUGUGUUUAAUUUCAAAUUGUGAGCGCCUAUUUCCAAGCUUGCGUGCGUGCGUGCGUCGUACCUACGUAUAUUCGUAUGUGUGUAUGUGUGUGUGGUUGCAAUCAUGGUGAUCGGGAUUAUUUAGGUGGACAUGUUGAACAAGUUCUUUCCUUAUUUCUUUAUUUUCUACUUAUGCUAUUAUUAUUAUUAUUACUAUUAUUAUUCACAUAUUGAUUUAUGCAAACAGACACACACGUACACAUACACAUACAGACUCACAAAGUGAAAUGAGUUGUCCUCAGUGUUGUUGUUCUUGUUGCUGCUGCUGCCGCUGUUGUUGCUCUGUGUCCUUUCACCCUGUUGUAUUUUUUUGUUGUUUGCAUAUGUAUGUAUACAGAGGGGAGAACAAUACUCAUGUAUGUACCUGGUGUUUAUGAUUUUUAAAUUAUUAUUAUCAUUAUUAUUAUUGCUAUUAUUACUCUUUACCCCAGUAGUUUAUCUGAAAUGAGAGAAGUCUAUGAAGACCGGGAAUGGGAAAUUGCCAAGAAGAGGGGGGGGGGGGAAGCAACACAUACUAUUACUAAUGUACUACACAUGCACACACUCACAUAGGCGGAAGAUACAGGUGAACUAUGUUUGACAUAAUGCAAUGCACAAUGGUUAUUAUUAGUGUUAUUAUUACUAUUAUUAUUAUUGUUACUAUGAUUAUUUACUUUCAUCAGUUAUAAUGUGUAGUCAUCAAUGAUGUUGACGACAGACAUAAAUAUGUCAAAAGUUCCUUUAAUUCCUCUGCUAUUGUUCUUUCUGUAUUGAGAACUUGUGGUUUUUGGUGUCGUUAACGUCGUCCUCAUUGUUGAUACUUGUGUUGUUGUUGGUGCUGUUGUUGUGUUUUUCGGCUUCUAUCUCUCUCUCCCUCCUUCUAUGCUUCCUUUCUGAGAUUCAUUUGCUAUUUUGUCUGUUUGUUUGUUCGUUUUCAAAAAGAGAAGAAGAAGAAGAGGUACAACAUUAGCAGCAAGAACAACAACUACUAUUAUUAUUAUUAUUACUACUACUACUACUAUUGUUAAUCUUUCAUUAAUUCAUUCAUGCUCAUAUUCAGCAGAUAACCAAAGUUUCUUUUGUCGUUUCGUUGGUGUGUGUGUGUGUUCUUGCUCUUUUCUGGUGUGUGUGUGUGUUAAUCGUCAUAAUUACUUUUAUAUUGUCAAUGUGUUGUUGUCAGUUUUGCAUCAAAUGAUUUCUCUAUUCUCUGUCCUCUCACACACACACACACACUCUCUGUCUGUCUAUCCCUUUGUCUGUCUCUUUAUCUAUCUCCUUGUCUGUCAUUUUCUCUGUUUAUAAAUCAUGGUCAUUGUGAUCCACAGUCACUGAUCCCCAUGAUAUCUAUACCCCCGCAUAUAGUGGUGCGUGGGUGGGUGGACGGGUGGUGGACCACUCUCGGUGGCAAAAUGUGAGUACUUUGAAACAAAACAACAAAACAAGAACUUUAUAAACCAGAGCGAGAUUGUCGGUGGUUUGGAGGACGAGGGGCGAGGGAUAGACAGACAGACAGACCAGAUUGAGAUUGAGAUCGUGAGUGAGUCAAUGACUGAUUGAGUAGGAAAUACACCCAUCCACCCACCCAUUCAUCUGACUAAAACUUUCCAACUACAACAACAACACCACCACCACCACCAACAAUAUUGAUAAUGAUAAUAAUCAUACAUUAAAAUAACAAGUUAAAACAAAUAAAUAAAUAAAUAAAUAAUUAUUACUAUUUAUUGUUAUUAUUACUAUUGUUAUUGUGUUAUUAUGCACUAUAUAUAUAUAUUUACAUAGCAUCAUUUAUAUAUUCUCUUUAAAAUAUCUAAUCAGCAAGAUUUAAAAAAAAAACACACACAAAGUUUUCCUAGAUGGUUACUGUAUUACUACUAUUAUUACUACUAUUGUUACUAUUACUAUUGUUACUACUUAUUUUCUCUAAUAGGAUUUUUUUCAUUGAUGAAUACAUUCUGUCAUUAGACAUUUCAAUAAAUAAAUAAAUUGAAAAAACACAAUAAAAACUGCAAAAAAAUAACAACAUUUUCAAACAUAA